AGAUUACUACUGGGCUCUGACGAGUCUUAUCAUGACAAGAUACCUGAAACGAUGAUAUCUAAGGGUGGUGGUGUAAAUGAAGAUCGAAAUAAAGAUAUACAUUUUGGUGCGACAAAUGCUGAAGUCAAUAGAAAGAAAAACGAUGAAGAGCAUGUUGAGUGUUUCAUGUUGCUAUCUGGCCUGAAACGCCGUUGGAGUAGCUUGAAUAAUGUUGGAUCAAACGUUUUGCAUACUCGCGUCAAAGAGUCGAAGGUCCUGAUUAAAGAUAACUUGCAACCGAGACUGCCUGGUGCAUGUGACGAUCUUCAAGUUGAUGAAGCUAGGGAUCAAAUUGUGUAG